AUGGAUAUUGAUGAGCAAAAGCCUAUAAAUAAAUCCUCUCUGUCUGAGUUUCUUCUCCUGGAAUUUUCAGAGGUUUGGGAGAUUAAACUUUUGUACUUUGGGGCAUUGCUUACAGUUUACCUAACAACAGCUGCAGGAAAUAUUCUCAUCAUUGCUGGAAUCAUCUCUGACUAUCACUUGCAUACCCCUAUGUACUUCUUUCUGAUGAACUUGGCCAUACAAGACGUGGGACAAGUUUCAGUCAUUUUCCCAAAAUCCAUGGCCAAUUCCCUCAUGAACACCAGAUCCAUUUCUUAUUGUGGAUGUGUUGCUCAAGUUUUCUUUUAUACAUUCUUUGUAGCAUCUGAUUUUUCUCUUCUGACAGUCAUGGCGUAUGAUCGGUAUGUUGCGAUUUGCAAUCCGUUGCAAUAUGAGGUAGUGAUGAAUAGACAAGCUUGCCUUCAGAUGCUUACUGCUGUAGUGGUCAUUAAUUUGUUCUAUGGAGUUUUACACACCGGAGGCACCUUUGCUCCUUCCUUCUGCUCCAAUGUUGUGAAUCAGUUUUUUUGUGAACUCCCACACUUACUGAAACUUGUCUGUUCUGACCUGUAUCUAGUUGAGGUUGGAGCUAUUUUUCUCAGUGCUAUGGUUCUAUUUGGCUGUUUUAUUUUUAUUAUUGUGACUUAUGUGCACAUUUUUACUACAGUUAUGAGAAUGCCUUCUAUACAAACAAGACAAAAAGCUUUUUCAACUUGCCUUCCACACCUUACUGUUUGCUCCAUAUUUGUAGUUACAGGACUCUUGGCUUACCUGAAACCCACCUCUAAUUCCCCAACAGACCCUGAUCUUGCACUGGCAAUGAUUUAUUCUAUAGUCCCACCUUUGAUAAAUCCAGUAAUUUAUAGCAUGAGAAAUAAGGAAAUAAAGAAUGCUGUGAGAACACUACUGAGUUUGAGGUUCAGAAAUCUAAUUUUGCAAUGCUGA